AUGGCCAAACCAUACCCCGCCACCACCUCCACCACCACCAAUAAAGCCAUGGACAAGUUCGUGGUGGUUGACCCUUCAGGGGAAGAUAUCCUUAGCGAUAUCACUCCCGAUAUCACACCUGAAUGCUCGGACCACGACUCGCCCGACGCCACCGAUACCGAAGUGGUGGAGUCUCAGUACCACCUCGACGUUUCGGGUAUCCACAAAAGCUUCACCAGUCAAAUGGCACUUCCAAGAGCUUCCCAAGAAUCAAUUGAUUCAAUUGAACAUGACCACGACCGUUAUCGGACUUAUGCUGAUGACUAUGUUAAGUUUAUGAAUGCCAGUCCCACGACCUACCAUACCAUUACCAAUUUUGAGAACCGGUUAAUUGAUGCUGGUUUUUCAAGGAUAAAACACAACCAGCGUAUCCAAAACCUUGAACCGGGUAAAUGGUACGAUAUCAGAGACAGCUUGCUGAUUGUGGCGUUUAUCAUUGGUAAACAAUGGACUCCAGCGAAAGGGUCACUAUUUGUUGGUACUCACGUCGAUGCGGUAUCGGUUAAAGUGAAUCCAAGGGGACCUCACACUAACACCAAAGAUGGCUACCAACGACUCGCAGUGGCUCCGUAUCUGUCAGAGUUUGAUCACCGGUAUUUGAACCGUGAUUUGGGCGUGGCCGGUUCAGUCUUAGUACGCGGGUCUGACAAUAAAGUGGAACGCCGUCUCAUUGAUCUGAAGCGACCAAUAGGAACCAUUCCUAAACUUGCAGAGCACUUUGGCGACGUGGCUGAUAAACCAUAUAAUCCUCAAACGAAAAUGGUCCCCAUUGUCGGCCUUGGAAAGCAAAACUGGGAUGACUUCAUCAGUGAUUUAGCUGGAGUCCAACCAAAGCAAGUAUUGGUGGCCGACUUGGAUUUAUACGAUGUACAACCGGCAAUCAUUGGUGGUCUCGACGAUCUGAUGAUCUUUCUGUCGGCAUUAGACGACCGUCUUUGUCUGUUUGCCGCUAUUGAAGCCCUCGUUGAAUUUUCUAAGCAGUUUUCUCAGGAGGAAAUUGCUGAAUACGAUGGGUUUGUCGGAACGUAUUGUGCUAAUCAUGAAGAGAUUGGCCUGGGCAGUCGUACGGGCGCCAAACUGGGUCAAUUGAGAGACAUCUUUGAACUGGUGGCAGGACUGCCCGCGGCUCUGGCGCAAUUGAUGGCUAAUACCAUCGUUAUCUCAUCGGACGUCACCCACGCCGUAAACCCCAACUACAGCGCAGUAUACCUUGAUGGCCAUAAACCCACCAUCAACACUGGGCCCACGAUAAAGAUUGAUAGCAACAUGCACGUGCUUCUGGACUCGCCCGGGUGGCUAUACGCUCAGACGCUUGUGGACCAGUAUACUGAGGGGAUGGAGCUUCAGGUGUUCCACAUUCGUAACGAUCUGAGACUGGGCGGUACCAUUGGACCCAUCAUGAGUAACCUGCUUAGAGGGAUUAACGGCGCCCGUUUGAUUGUGGAUAUUGGCCUUCCCAUUCUUGCCAUGCACUCCAUCAGAUCGGUGUGUGGGGUUAAAGAUAUUGCCAUGGGAGUGGACUUGUUCAAAGCUGCUUUUGAGCACCAAGCGGUCAACGAUAUUGAAUUUUGA